GAGUGAAGGCGCCGCUGGGUGAGUCCCUCUCUCCGCUGCCUCUGUCUCCACUGCUGCCUUUUCCCAAAGAAAAGAAGAGAGCAGAGAACUAGGUCCGGGGAGGAGGAGGGCCCGCCGCCAUUAUCGGAAACCUGGCAGAAAACACCACUUUCACACACGCGAUCUGCUCCGCGAGCCCGACCGGGACACGAGCGGAUCCGUGUCGCAGCAGAAGCCGACUUUCAGACAGAAGCAGCGCGGACAUUGCAACGAACUCGGCGUUGUGUUGUGUGCGCGGCGGCCCCGGCCCAGCAGCAGCAUUAUGUAGGCACAACAAUGGACAGAAUAAUUAUCGGAAAAGCAACGUGGUGAACCGAGGAGAAGACGACUGAAGGGGGCUUCUCUUCCUUUUUUUUUUUUUUCUAUUACCACACGCCUUGAUUUUCUCAUGAAGGACAAACCAACUAUUUGCAGAAGCUACAUCGGAUUGUUCUAUUAUCCGGGACAUUUGGUUGCUCCGUGUUUAAUUGCAGCGAGGCAGUGCAGCUGAAUAAAAGCCGAAUCCGCACACGAGCCGAUUGAUAUUUUCAACCCCCCCAAGAAAAGCAGCACAAUCGCUGUGGUUGCGGUAGUGUCGGUGCUGUCGGCGGAUCGGGAAGGUGCGUUUCUGCGGCUGACUGUCCGUGCACAUCAGGCGGCGAGGGCUGCGGCAAGGGCUGGCCUGACAGAUGCAGGGGGAGAAAGGGAGAACGCCGAUGGAUCUGAGUCAUAUAAGGAAUGAAUAAAGAACCUUCUGCUCAUAUUACUGCACUGCUAUUUAUUAAAACUGAAGCCCACCAGAAGAAAGUGAAAUCUGAUCACCCCUGUGGAUCAACAACUUUAUGGACAAACAUUCAAGUGAACUCCUUUACACAGUGCCUGUUUAUGGCAGGAUGAGCAUCAGCAGACGAUGAUGGCGAAAAAGCAAGAUGUCCGACCGCCCAUUUACAACCUCAUGGUUGUGGGUUUGUCCGGAACAGAGAAAGAGAAGGGGCAAUGUGGGGUUGGAAAGUCCUGUUUGUGUAAUAGGUUUGUGCGACCUAGCGCUGAUGACUUCUACUUGGACCACACAUCAGUGUUGAGCACCAGUGACUUUGGGGGUCGAGUGGUUAAUAAUGAUCACUUUCUGUUUUGGGGGGAGGUGUCACGGGUUCUGGAAGAGGGGCCUGAGUGCAGGAUGCAUGUUGUGGAGCAAACUGAAUUCAUUGAUGACCAGACAUUUCAGCCACACCGUAGCACUGCAAUGCAGCCCUAUAUCAAACGGGCAGCCGCAACCAAGCUGGCUUCAGCAGAGAAGCUCAUGUACUUCUGUACAGAUCAGCUUGGUCUGGAGCAAGACUUUGAGCAAAAGCAAAUGCCUGAGGGAAAGCUGCAGGUGGAUGGCUUCCUGCUUUGUGUUGAUGUCAGCCGGGGCAUGAACCGCAACUUUGAUGACCAGCUGAAAUUCGUCACAAAUCUGUAUGUUCAGCUUAGCAAGACGAAGAAGCCCAUUGUGCUGGUCCUCACCAAGUGUGACGAAGGAGUUGAACGCUACAUCAAAGAUGCACAUACCUUUGGUAUCACAAAAAAGAGUCUACCAGUAGUUGAGACAUCUGCACGGUCAAAUAUAAAUGUGGACCUCGCCUUCCUCACCCUGGUUCAACUUCUUGAUAAAGGCAGAGGCAAGCCCAAGAUAAUUCCCUAUUUUGAAGCCCUAAAGCUCCAGAGUCAGCAGAUAGCUUCUGCCAAGGAUCGUUAUGAAUGGCUCAUCAACCGUAUAGUUAAGAAUCACAAUGAAACCUGGUUAAACACCAGUCGACGCAUGAACACCUCCCCAGAGUACAAAGAAUACGUCUUCUUGGAGGGAACGGCUAAGUGCAAGAAGCUUUUUCAACAGCAUGUUUACCGUCUGAAGCAGGAACAUAUUGAGAGACGUCGCAAAAUUUACCUUAGCACUCUUCCCUUAGCACUUAGUUCUUUGGUGCCUGAUCUGGAUGAGAUAGAUCAGCUGAGCUGGUCUGGGGUACAGAAGGUUCUAGAGUCCAAGCAGCACUUUGCCCACUGGUUUGUGGUUUUGGAGGACUCACCAUGGGAGGAUACAUCACACAUUGAUAACAUGGACGAUGAGCGAAUCCCCUCGGAUCUACUGGAGACGGGUGAAGCAGAGGACAUAUUUAAUGCCCACCUGGAGCAUCUGCGUAAUGAGUGCAAGAGAGCAGAGAUGAGGCUGGAGUUCAAACAGAAGUUGGCCUCCUCUCCCUUUGUCACGCCUGGUAAACCAUGGGAGGAGGCACGUAGCUUUAUCAUGAAUGAAGACUUUUACCAGUGGCUUGAGGAGCCGGAGUACUUGGACCUGUACAACCGCCAUCAGAAGGAGAUCAUUGAUCGUGCAAAAGAAGACUUUCAGGAGCUUUUGCUGGAGUACUCUGAGCUUUUUUAUGAACUUGAGGUAGAUGCCAAGCCAAGCAAGGAGAAGAUGGGAGCAAUUCAGGAGGUUUUGGGGGAGGAACAGAGGUUCAAGGCACUGCAAAAGCUUCCAGCUGAAAGAGAUGCUCUGGUACUGAAGCAUAUCCACUUUGUCUAUCACCCUACCAAGGAGACCUGCCCUAGCAGUCCAAACUGCGGAGACUCUAAGAUUGAACAUCUCUUAGUUUCUCGUUUCCCAACAUGUUAUCCCUUUUUUGAUGUGAAAGCUCAUGCUUUUGGAGACACCAAGGCUGACAGAAUUAACCUGGUCAUCCUCGGAAAGGAUGGACUGGCCAGAGAAUUUGCCAAUGAGAUUAGAGCUCUCUGCACAAAUGAUGACUGGUAUGUGCUUGAUGGGAAGAUGUACGAGCUGAUGCUGCGGCCUAUUGAGGGAAAUGUACGUCUUCCUGUAAACUCCUUCCACACGCCCACUUUCACACCUCACGGAUGUUUGUGUCUGUACAACUCAAAAGAGUCCCUCUCUUACGUGGUGGAAAGCCUUGAGCGAAUUAGGGAAUCAACUCUAGGUCGAAGGGAUAGCCAGCUGGCAAAACUGCAAACGUCUCUGCUUUUAGUCACUAAAAGAGGCGUAGGAUCAUACGUGGAUAUAGGUGGAGAAACUGCCUUAAAUCUAAUAACACAAGGACAACAGUUUGCCAGGAGACUGCAGUGUAGCUUUUUAGACCCUGCCUCCCCUGGUGUGGGCUAUGGCCAUAAUGUCAAUGAGACUCAAAUCAACCAGGUUCUGAGGAGCCUUCUGGAUCUUAGGAGAAGCUCAUCCUUUAGUAGCAGCUCCCCACCGCUCCUCCCAGAGCCUCAAAGUCUCCGAGACUCUCCUCAUCAGCCAGCCCCGGAGGCAGACCUUCGUGUUGUCAUGUGUUUAAUGUGUGGAGAUUCCUAUGACAUUGAGCAGCUCCUGUCCCCUUUUCUCAUGCACCAGCACUGCAGGCCAAUGUCUAAUUGUGGAACCUCUGUAUUGCUGGAGCAAACAGUUGGUGGACACAAGCUGGCCAUAGAGCUGUCUCUGCUCUCUUACCACGCCUCCUUCACUUUGCGGAAGAGCAGGUUGGUACACGGCUACAUUGCAGUGUACUCGGUCUCUCGAAAAGCCUCCUUGGAGACUCUGUGUGCAUUCUUAUGUGAAGUUCAAGACAUCAUCCCAGUUCAGCUAUUGGCUGUGGGAGAUAGCAAAGCAGAGCUCACUGACAGUGACUACGCCGGUGAACAGAUGAUGCAGGGGGAGGAGCUCGCCCAUGAGAUCGAGGGUCGCUUUAAUAGUUUGGUUUGUGGCUCUGGGGGCGUAGUGGGAGGCCUGCACAGAAUAGAAAUGUUCCAUUCUUUUCUGAUGGAGGUGGUAGAGAAACGCAACAUUGUGGAGGCCACACACAUGUACGAUAAUGUAGCUGAAGCAUGCACCAAUGAAAAUGUGUACUCUCCACGCUGCAGUUCUCCCAGUCCUGUCACCAUGUUCCUAGAUUCAGAGGAUGACGUUGAGCCAUCUCCACCAUACUAUGAUGGCACGCUCACUUCUCAUAGUGGAGGCUUCAACCUGCCUGACUUGGAUUCCAGUGACAUCUCUGUCAUCUCUGAUAUCAGAGACUUUGAGAACAAACUCAACAACAAAGUACCCCCCCAAGUUAGAGUCAAACCGGGUGUCACUUUUGACUUCCGCAAGGUCAGCCGUAACCCAUAUAUCGAUACACUCGGACAUCGUCGCUCCCUGCCCUCUGCUGUUACCUGGGUUCCUGGUGGAGACGUGGGCUAUGAUCCCUCAGACUACGCCGAACCCAUGGAUGCGGUUUCAAAACCCCGUCCGAGCAAUGAUGAGAUCAUCUACUCAGUGCCACACGACAGCACACAAGGCAAAAUCAUCACCAUCCGCAACUCCAACAGGAUGCACUCGAAUGGAAAUGGCUCAGACAGCGAAGCAGACAGCAGCUCUCUGGAGCGGAGGAGGAAGUUUUCCGCAAUAGGGGUGAAGCCUCGUCUUUACCGCGACCGAUCCAAACGGCUCGGCAAAUUCAGCAGCUUCCGGACAAGCUUCAUAGGCAGUGAUGAUGAGAUUGGAGCUCUCCCAAAGUCCAAGGAAGAUGACUUUGGGACCCUGAAAGGAGAAAGUCUGGUUAGCGAGGAGAGUGAGGACCCAAAAAAGAGGAACAUUCUGAAGAGCCUGCGACGUACGGCCAAGAAAACAAGAACAAAGCCCCGACAAGCUGUUCCCAAGCCCCCAGAGAGCGUUUACUUUGGGAUCCCUCUCGUAAAUGUGGUAUCCCCAGACAGACCGAUUCCACUCUUCAUCGAGAAGUGUGUCCGCUUCAUUGAGACAACAGGCUUGAAUACCGAGGGUUUGUAUCGUGUAAGCGGCAACAAGUCAGAGAUGGAAAGCAUGCAGAGGCAGUAUGAACAGGACCACGGAUUAGACCUGGUGGAGAAAGACUUCUCCAUAAACACUGUGGCUGGAGGCCUCAAAAGCUUCUUCUCUGAGCUGCCUGAGCCCCUGGUGCCUUCUGCUCUGCAGGUGGACCUACUGGAUGCUUUCAGACUAAGUGACAGAGAACAGAGGCUAUAUACGAUGAAGGAUGUCCUGAGGAGGUUCCCCAGAGAGAAUUAUGAAGUCUUCAGAUAUGUCAUGAGCCACUUACACAAGGUGAGCCAGUUGCACAGGCUGAACUUGAUGACCAGUGAAAACUUGUCCAUCUGCUUCUGGCCCACUCUCAUGAGGCCAGACUUCUCCACAAUGGACGCCCUGACUGCCACACGCACCUACCAGACAAUCAUCGAGAGCUUCAUCCACCAGUGUGCAUUCUUCUUUUACAACCAGCCCCUCAUCGACUCCCCCACCGGCCUGGCAGGCCUCCCCGCCUCACCCACCACCACCCUCAGUGGGAGCUCUGCCUACUCGGGUUACCGCUCCUCGCCGCCCCACACCACCACACACUUCAGCCCCCUGCAGCAGUCCCCACCCACCACCCCCCAGUCUCCCCUGCAGUCCCUGCUCCCUCCCCUCCACCAACACCCCCACUCCCACCACUCCCCCGCUGAACAAGAGACACUGUGAGAGACAAUGAAACCACGUGUGCCCAUGAUGAUGCUGGACCUUAUCACUAACACGCACUAAGAGAAAAAAAAAAAAGAAGGAAAAAAAAGUGCACUUGCACACUACAUUUCUGAUCAUGGACAACUUAGGUUAUGAAGAGCGGCGAUAGUAAAGUGUCUGAGAAGCUUCUCCAACCUGCCAUUUGUGUCCAUACCCGUGUGCAUCAGGGCCAGCCGCCAUUAGCAGUGACUCUCCCUCUGCCCUCCGAGUCCCUCAGAGCCUGGAAUUUGACAUUAGGGCAGAAGUGGAGGACAGAGGUCACUGUCACAGCAAGCCUCUCUUCUGUCAACAGCCACCACUUAUCCUACACUACCAAGAAAUAGAAACCUCUAUGCCAAGCUGGAAGGAUGAUUUGUGUCCACCAUGUUUUUAUCUGUGUAUAACUGUUUUAGUUUUUUUUUCCUCAUGAAAGUACUGCCACUGGAUUUAUAGACUGUUCCUCUGUAGGUCCUUUAGGCAGCAGUGUGCCCCAAUUAGCAGAGGUUCCUCUGUCUGCCUUUGGGGCUUCUCUCAUUGAAUCUACCUGAGGGGGCAGCAUGGGGAGGGAAGGGAAGGGGUAGGUACACAUCCAGGGAUGCACUUUAAUGAUCACUGUUGAUUUUCCCCUCUAAAGGGUUUAUUAUUUUUGGUUGACAUACUGUUUUCUUGUGUGUUUUUAAUUUCACAGCUCAAACAGCCAUACCCAUUGCUUCUACAGAGCUCUGGCAGAUCAAACUUUGUUUACAUCAAACUUGUUUUUGUAUCCACAAACUUAUCUGAAGCACUUUUUGAUAGUGUAGUGUUACAUUUGAUGAACUGCCACAUUGAUUAUUUGUCAAUAUUGUUUGUUCAGUGGUUGAGCGUGGCAUCAGUGCAGGCUUGUGAAACAAGAUCCUUUUGUAAAAACUUGCGUUCUUAAAGUGGAUCCAGAGGUCCCAUUCUAGGUUGAUGGGAAAUCUGGAUCUGCUUCUCCUCCUCGUUCAUCCAGCCAUGUGAAAGAGUUUUUUUUUUUUUUAGAGUUUGUCCUCUUUCUAGCUGUUAGUUGAUCAGAGUGGAUGUUUAGGGAAGUUUGGUUUAAUUAGACCACUAUCAUAUCAGACAUCAACAGUCAAGUGAAGGAGAAAUCUUUGAAAUUUUGAAUGUGUAACCUAGUCCUACCAUAACACGACUCUACAUUGCCACCUGGUGUCCAUGGAAACCAAACGCUUGAAACAUGAUAGGUUGCUGGAUGUGUUGCUAUGGCUGUCCACCAAACCCAGCUCUUUGUAUUCAUCUAAUAUUAAGGACCUUUAACUCAGAAGGUUUAGUAUUCUCAACGCACUGUUACCGCUAGUCCUGCUUUACAAUACAAUGACCAGUAGACGUUAAAUAUUUGUGAACAAGACGCGUUCAGGAAGCACCGCCGGCCGUUUACCUGCUCUAGUGAAUUGGUUUUGUGCUGACACGUUCUCAUGGAAAAAAAAAAGCAGCACAUUUUAAGAGGUAGCACUGUCAAUGGAGACCUGAUGAAUAUAAACAUUACACUUAUUGAGAGGAAGCACCGUCUUUUGAACAGGAUUGAGUAAAAGCUUGAACACCAGACACACACGUUCCCGAUGAUUGUGGCUCUGUUAUGGAUCUUGGUUGCAGAAUGAACUAAUGACCAGAUUAGUUUGAUCAUUGGCUGCUUGAGAUCAUCACUUCUGGUACUUUUGGAAAUCGCGAUGCUGUUGGAAGUCAGUCAGUCAUUUUAUAUGUUUAUCAGACUAAACUGAGGGCUUUUCUCAAGCUGCCUCAGAUCUGUUAGCUGUAACAUUACGACUGGCCCCGAGCUAACCAAGCGGCUGUCCCACGAUAACACGAUUCUUCGGGAGUAUAUUACCGGCAAAUCUGCCGCUCGACAAGCAAAAAGUGAGUGCAUACUACUCUAUAAUGGUUGUUUAUUUGUAUGUUGGGGAACGCCACCCUUUAGUCAAUGGUAGAAAACAUUUCUAGUGUGUAUUUCAAUGAUUGAAAGUCCAUUUUUACCAUUUUUGUGGAUGGUUCAAGGCCACUUAAGUUUAGUGCAUGAUUUAAAAACACACCGAGGGAGACGGAUGAAAGCCUCUUCCUGUUUUAAAAACAUGAAAUCAGUACAAGAAUGAAACUAAAAACUGAAGUGAAAUAGCUGAAACGUGAAAGUUUAUGAACUGUACACCAAGAGCAAACCAUGGAAUUUGUCUGACUGAGAAUAGUGUUUGAAGAUGAAGGCCUUAUGUGAACUGUAUAAUAGUUAAUAAAUUAAAUCUUGUAAAACUGUC